AUGAAUGGUGAAGAUGAAUAUUAUUUCUGCUCUAAGACUGUGAUCAAGGGUAGUUUAUCAGCUCGAAACGCGGCUGCUUGGAAAGGGGUAUUUCAAGAUCACUGGCACGUUAAGCGUAGAGUGGGUUCUGCGUUAAAUGAUCGGGAAAGAGCUCAAACUGUGGUACAAAGAACUCAUCAGCCUGCACUGUUGGUGCCAUGGUCACGUCCACCAGAGGGGACCUUGAAGAUUAAUGUGGAUGGUGCUUGUUUCUCAACUGAUUAUGUAGGUGUUGGUUGUGUGAUUCGUGAUUGCAAUGGUGCUUUUAUUGGUGCUCUCCAAAACCAAAAAUCUUUCAGCGGUGCUCUUGAACCAAGAUUUGUGGAAUUGUUGGCUAUUCAUGAGGCUUUAUCUUGGAUCAAAAGAGAAGGCUGGCAUCUAGUUACAGUGGAAUCGGAUGCUCUUGACUGUGUACGUGCAGUCCUGGAUUCGAAUUAUGUUGAUGAUUUUAAUUUUGGUUUGUUUGUUUUUGAUUGUAAAUCUCUGCUUAGUGAGCUUAGAGAUGUCAAUCUUUCUUAUGUUCGUAGAUCUGCUAAUGAUACAGCUCAUAGGUUGGCUAGAGCUUGUUUCAUGGAAACGGAUCCUGUGGUUUGGGUUGUCUCCCCUCCACCUUGUAUUUCGGAUUCUUUUUUGAUGAAUUAA